GUAAGAAAUGCAGAGAGUGAAGAAGAAGCUAAUGGUGUCACCAUUCACUCUCUCCUCACUCCUCCGCCGCGAAAAAGACCCAAAGCUAGCUCUUCAACUCUUCCUCAACCCUAACCCGCAUCACCCAAUUGCCAAACCAUUUCGUCACUCUCUCCUCUCCUACGAUCUCAUCAUCUCCAAACUCGGCAGAGCCAAAAUGUUCUCCGAAAUGGAAAUUGUCAUGGAGAACUUGAAGAAAGACACCCGCAUUAAUCCGGAAGAAGUCAUUUUCUGCAACAUCAUGACGUUCUACGCCCGAGCGCGCUUGCCCAGUAAGGCCCUCCACCUGUUCGACGAAAUUCCCUCUUAUCGAUGCCGAAUGACUGUGAAGUCAGUGAACACGUUGCUGAACGGCCUCCUUAUUUGUCACGAAUUCGAUAAGAUGAUGGAGGUUUAUGCCCGGAUUGAGGAUUACGGGAGCCCUGAUGCUUGUACGUACAACAUUCUGAUAAACGCAUUUUGUGUGAUUGUCGAUUUGGUGAGCGCACGGAAGGUGUUUGAUGGAAUGCUGAGGAGAGGGGUUGAGCCUAAUGUGGUGACAUUUGGGACUUUGAUUAACGGGCUUUGCGCGAAUUCGGAACUGGAUGCGGCUUUCAGGUUAAAGAGAAGGAUGGAGAGGGAUUUUAAAAUAAGACCUAAUGCACAUAUCUAUAUAGCUUUGAUGAAGGGGCUUUGUAGGGUAUCUCGAUUGGAUGAGGCUAUUAGGUUGAAGGGUGAGAUGUUGAGAAAGAAGGUGGAAUUGGUUCCUGCGGUUUAUUCUACAUUGAUCAGUGCGUCUUUCAAGGCUAAUAGAAAGGGGGAGGUUUCUGGAUUGUUGGAGGAGAUGAGGGAAAACGGGUGUAAGCCUGAUACAGUAACUUACAAUGCGAUGAUUCAUGGAUAUUGUAAGGAGAAUGAGUUUGGGUUGGCUUUUGGGGCUUUAAGUGAGAUGGAGAAAGACGGCUGCAAGCCGGAUGUCAUUAGCUUUAAUGUGAUUAUUGGUGGGCUGUGUAGGGAGAGGAAAGUGGCUGAAGCCUAUGAUUUGUUGGAAGAUAUGCCACGGUGGGGAUGUGCCCCGGAUGUGGUAGCUUACAGGACAGUUUUUUAUGGUUUUUGUGAUGUAAAGCAGUUCAAAGAAGCAGCAAGCAUUUUGGAUGAGAUGAGUUUUAUGGGAUAUGCUCAUCAUACAUCUAGUGUAAGCAAAUGCGUGGAUGCAUUGUUGAUAGAGGACAAUAAAGGGUUACUAUUAGCAUACGUGUUUAUGAUGGUGAAGAGAAACUCCCUUGAUAGAUAUAUAUGGAGACUUGUGACUUGUUUGCUCUCUAAAGACAGCAGUUUAGAUGUUCAAGAACUGUUUGAGGGGCUGAUAAAUAGUCAUUCUCUUCCAAUGGGCUAGAGAUGCUUCGUGGCUGGUUUUUUCUCGUGCACUAAAGAAAUGUCCUGGAGUUCCGCAAAAAUUGGUUGGGAUGCACACGUAUUAUCUUGGUUACUGUGGCUUGAAUGGUGAGUGCUUCUAAAUGAAAUGGUUAUUCAGUACUGUAAUCCAUAGGAAUGUCACUUGCACAUUGAAAGUUCUGAACAUGAAGUUAGCCUAAGGAGUUAUAGAUAUUGAUAUCACGAGUAAUAUUUCGCUUUUUGACUAUUACUAUCUUGAUUUACUUGGAUACCCAUUUGUUACUUGUUCUUAAUAACAACCUCCUGGCUACUAGGAUCACCUCUGGAGCUUCCAAUUGGCAUGGGGGUAAUGUUCUUACACUGAAUAUGUUUCACUAGCAUCUGUUCAAACAUAAUUCUGUUAUGCUGCCAUAUCAGAAAUAUUUGGAACAAUAUAUAUCAAAUCUCUUGUAUAGUAUUAACAGUGAAACUAUUAACCAAAAAUCAUUACGGACUCCAGUGACACUUGACCAAGUGAUGCUGUUGCCCCUAAAUCAUGUAGUGUAGAAUGUACUGAAUAGUGGCUUGAGCAAUCUUUUAUUGUUCUCUUGUCCAUAAUUUUUCUGGCAGAACAGGGAUUACGAAGCAAAAUUGAGAUUCACAUGAAUCAAGAUGGAGCUUCUCUGGGACAUUUAAAUGAAACAACUGUUAUAUUUUGAUUUUACUUGAAACGUCGGGCUUCGGAUUUAACAUCCUGUUAUUGGCAUUCAGUACUGGCAUUCGCUUUGGGGCCUAUUGUUCUCAUCCAGAAUGACUGACUUACAAGUGGAUGGUUUGUACCUCAGCUAAAGUUGACAAGCAACACAAAGACACAGAAAAUAUACCCUUGGUAUGGCCACACCCUUGGACGAUGACACGUCUGCUGAAGGCAUUCCACCUAUUCAUACUCCGUCAUUUGAAUAAUGGAUUCCAACCAAAUUUCUGUAUUCAAAGUUUUGGGGUUGGUUGGAAGCUCUUUCCUCGUUUACCAAUUAUGCUUUUCUUUUCAAUUGUUGUCCUUGUCUUGUUCUGCCUACCUUAACUUCUGCUUGCAUGCAGAAACAGACAAUUCAUUUUGCUUACUAAACUUCCUUUGGAAAUUAACUGAGUUUGUGUGUUGAUUUAUUAAGUUAGGAGGAAAGUUGGAAGUGGGACAUUUGGAGGGUGGUCUUGCACUAAGAUUGGCACUUAGAAAUUUGAGUUUUUUUGUUGGUA